AUCCUAUAACGAACAAGAACAGUGCACAAAGCCAUUAAAGCCACUGAGCAAGCGGAGUGAUGUUUACGUCGGCAGUCUUCCUCCACAGUCCUCUCCUCCUCCCGCCACACAGGCGGCGGUGCUCCGGCCCGUGGUUCGCCAUCCGGUCGUCCUCGGCUCCGAACCUCGUCGAGAGGUCCGCUGAGGCGGCCGAGGAGAGGCGCCCCGUGAUCCAGCCGCACGACUCGACUCCCCUGCCGGCCAUAACGGCGGCGAAGAGAGUGGUGCUGGUGAGGCAUGGGCAGAGCUCGUGGAAUGCGGAAGGCCGAAUCCAAGGCAGCUCCGACUUCGCCGUCCUCACGAAGAAAGGCGAGGCUCAAGCUGAGACUUCGCGGCAGAUGCUCGUUGACGACUCUUUCGAAGUUUGCUUCUCCAGCCCUCUGAAACGUUCUAAGAAAACAGCUGAAAUCAUAUGGGGCGCUCGCAAGGAGGAGAUGAUUACGGAUUCUGACCUGAGGGAGAUUGAUCUUUACUCCUUUCAGGGUCUGCUGAAGCAUGAAGGGAAAGAAAAGUUCGGUGCAGCUUAUAGGCAGUGGCAGGUGGAUGCUGCAAAUUUUAACAUUGACGGUCAUUAUCCAGUGAGGGAGUUGUGGGCACGUGCUAAGAGCUGCUGGGCUAGAAUUCUAGCCCAUGAAAGCAGGUCCGUCCUUGUUGUUGCACACAAUGCUGUUAAUCAGGCUCUCGUUGCAACAGCUAUUGGACUAGGAACGGAAUACUUCCGGAUUUUGCUUCAAAGCAAUUGUGGAGUGAGCGUGCUGGACUUCACCCCUCGAGAGGAGGGUGGGUCUCCUUAUAUUUGUCUUAAUCGUCUAAAUCAGACUCCAGGUUCACCUGUUGCUUCUGGAGGCAGGAAAACUAGCAAGCGUAUCAUACUUGUUUGUCAUGGAGUAAAUCAGACCAAUGCAGAGGCUGACUUUCCCAUUUCUGGAGAUGGACCAAUGAACAUGCUUGGGAUUAUACAGUCCCAGAAGACUGCAGAGCUGCUUCUUGAUCUGAAAGUGAGCUCCAUUGUCAGCAGUCCAAAGAGUGCCUGCAUUGAGACUGCUAGUGUCAUAUCCAGAGUGCAAGAAGCUGCGGAUUGCUUAGGUGCUGAUUGCGUGCCACGCUAUGUUGAUAUGAAGGAGCUGCAGGACCUUGAUGUUGGAGACAUUUUGCGACAAUCACAGAAGGAUACUUCUGAGGAUCCAGAUUUUCAUCCUCUUUGGCUGAAUGGAUUUGAAGAUAGGGCUAUUACAGAACUGUGGGCCCAGUCAGGGAAAGCCUGGCGAUCUUUGUUGGAAGAACUAGCUGACGAAUCUGACCCUGAAAAGAUUAUUGUUGUCAUCGGAGAUCCUGCAGUUCACAUAGCACUGAUGGGCCAUUGCCUAAAUUUAACAAAGGAGUGGAUGGGAUCUUUUCACGUUGAUGCUGGUAGCAUUAGCGUCCUUGAUUUUCCUGAUGGUCCGUUUGGAAGAGGAGUGGUCCGGUGCAUAAAUUACACAGCGCAUCUUGGAAGAUGGUCAAUACCUAUUACAAGAUCAACAGUGAAUGAAGAAGAUUUUUAAUUAUCUGCUGGUAACAUGUAUACUCAUAGGAUGAAAAGUUGAGGUAAGACGUAUAUACUGAAGAGUACUAUUAGUGAGCUGUGAGAGUGUAUGAUACUGCUAGUGUUGGCUUAUACAAGUUAAUUUUUGUAAAUGCAAACACGGAGUGCCUGGUGCUCACCCCUGUUUCCAUAAUACAUCUGUUCUUUUGUCA